AUGGAUGGAGGAGGUCUACUGCCCAUCCCCAUAACCCCAGUUACCAGUUUACCCCAGAAGGUCAACCCAUCUGUCUCCGGUGUCGUAAGCCUGGGCACGUCCUCCGUCAGUGUCGACAGGGACCGAGACCGCGAACAGCCAGUCUACCUAGUGUCCAGCCUGAGGAAAAUCCUGCAGUUACAGGACAGUCAGGCAGAGGCCUGUUGGGAGUCUGCUCUCCGCUACUGUCGUCGCCAAGAUGUGUGCCAUUUAACUCAUGACGGUCGGGUGCGGGUUCUAGAAAGGGAAGCCCUUGCAGCUUUACACUGGUCAGAGCUUUCACUUGAAGAGGAGAGUCAAGUAAAACAGCUGUUAGAGAAGUAUAGUGAUGUCUUUGCUAAAUAUGAUGGAGAUCUGGGUUGCACUGAUGAAAUUGUACAUGAGAUACCUCUUUUAGAUGAUGCACCCAUCAGACAAAGAUAUAGGCUGACUACCCCUACACAGUGGCAGGCUGUGAAAGACCAUAUUAAACAGCUUAUGGAUAGUAAAGUGAUUAGGGAAAGUAGCAGCCCUUACGCAUCACCCAUUGUCCUGGUGCAAAAGAAAACUGGAGAGCUUUGGAUGUGUGUUGAUUACCGCCAACUUAACGCCAAGACAAGAAAGGAUGCCUACCCAUUACCUCGUAUUGAGGAGUCUUUGGCCUUGUCAGGUGCCCAGUGGUUCUCAACCCUGGACUUGGCUAGUGGCUAUAAUCAAGUUGCUGUCGCUGAGAGAGACAAGCCAAAAACUGCAUUCUGUACCCCCUUUGGCCUUUUUGAAUUUGAAAGGAUGCCAUUUGGACUAUGUAAUGCUCCCAGAACUUUUCAGAGGCUCAUGGAGCGUAUAUUUGGUGACCAGAGCUUUCACUCAGUUCUUUUAUAUUUGGAUGAUGUCAUAAUUUUUUCUUCUUCUGUGGUCCAGCACUUGCAGAGACUGGAGAUGGUCCUUAGUCGACUCCAACAGAAAGGGCACAAGGCAAAGCUGAGUAAGUGCCACUUUUUCAGGAGGGAGGUGCAGUACUUGGGACAUCGUGUGUCCAAAGAAGGUGUGGCCCAGAUAUCUUUUUCUGACCCAGAAAAGAUAUCUGCUGUGAGUAAAUGGAGGAGGCCCUGUGAUGUGACUGAAGUCCGAUCAUUUCUAGGAUUUUGCAGCUAUUAUCGUCGCUUCGUCAAGGGGUUUGCCCAGUUAGCGGCUCCACUUCACCAACUAGUGGCGGACGUGAUUAAAGCUGCAAAGAUGAGUAGGACCAGGCCAGCUGCAGUCCUACCCAGUAUGUGGAAUGAAAGAUGUGAGAGAAGUUUCACUGAGUUGAAGAGGAUGUUUACAAGUGUUCCCAUUUUAGCAUUUGCCGAUUUCACCAAGCCUUUUGUCUUGGAGAUAGAUGCUAGUCACCAAGGUUUAGGUGCAGUCCUGUCCCAGGAGAAGGAUGGGAAAUUGAGACCCGUGUCAUAUGCUAGUCAGCUCAUUGCGAGUUCAGAGCGUAACAUGGAGAAUUACAGCUCCAUGAAGCUGGAGUUCUUAGCAUUAAAAUGGGCAGUCUCAGAAAAAUUCAGAGAGUAUUUACUGGGCAGCAAAUGUGCGGUCUAUACUGACAAUAACCCUUUGAGUCAUUUUCAGACCCUGAAGCUGGGGGCUACUGAACAAAGAUGGGUUGCUCAGUUGGCAGCCUUCGACUUCACCGUGCAUUACCGACCAGGUAAAAAUAAUGCUAAUGCUGACUCUCUCUCUCGUCAAUACAGCACUCAAGCAGAGACCACAGUUUUGGAGACUGACCAGCUGAGAGAUGAAUCUUUCCAGCCGCUCAUUCCCGACAGAACUGAGGAAGCUAUGUCUCAUCAAAUUGGAGUCUUUCUAAGUCGAUCCAAUACUGAUCUGGCAACGUUGCAGGGGGCGGACCCUGUUUUGAAAAACUUUCUGUGUUUUUGGAGACUAGGAAGGUCUCCCAGCAAGGAGCAGCGGGUCGAACUCACCAAGGAUGUACAGCAUCUCCUCCGGCAGUGGGAUCGUAUCCUGGAGAAGGACGGCCUGCUGUACCGGAAGACAACUCCCCCUCAUGGGGAGCCAUACAUGCAGCUACUCCUUCCCCAGUGUCUCCACCAGGAGCUUCUCCAGGGCCUCCAUGACCAACAUGGACAUCAAGGAGUACGGCGGACUAUUGACCUGGUGAGGCAACGGUGUUACUGGCCAGGGAUGGGAGCGGAAAUUGAGAAGUACUGCCAGGACUGCCAACGCUGUGUGCUGGCUAAAGCUGUUCAGCCCAGAGUAAAGACUUACCAGGGGGUUCUGCUGGCCAGUCAACCAUUGGAAGUACUUGCUAUAGACUUCACCCUGCUUGAGUCUGCAACAGACGGAAGGGAAAAUAUCUUGGUCAUGACAGAUGUUUUCUCAAAGUACACACAGGCAAUCCCAACCAAAGAUCAGAGUGCCAGUACAGUGGUGAAGGUCCUAGUUGACUGUUGGUUUUAUCGCUUCGGAGUGCCUAAACGGAUACAUUCCGAUCAAGUGAGAAACUUCGAGAGUGCACUAAUCGCACAGUUGUGUCAGCUAUAUGGAACUGAAAAGUCUAGAACAACAGCAUACCAUCCCCAAGGGAAUGGCCAAUGCGAAAGAUUUAACAGGACCCUUCAUGACCUCCUCCGAUCACUCACUAUAGAAAAAAAAAGGGUGUGGCCAAAGUACAUCUCCCAGUUGGUGUGGGCAUAUAACACUUCUACCCACCGCUCCACUGGUCAUUCCCCUUACUCGUUGAUGUUUGGCGUGACACCUCAACUCCCUGUGGAUUUCCUAUUGGGGGCUACUGACACAGAGGAAACAAGCUCUUGGGAUGAAUGGGUCUUACAGCAUCAGGAACGAUUUCAGGUAACUCGUGAACUGGCCCGUAAGAACAUGGAGGAGGCAGCAGAUUACCGGCAUCUACUGCCCAUCCCCAUAACCCCAGUUACCAGUUUACCCCAGAAGGUCAACCCAUCUGUCUCCGGUGUCGUAAGCCUGGGCACGUCCUCUGUCAGUGUCGACAGGGACCGAGACCGCGAACAGCCAGUCUACCUAGUGUCCAGCCCGAGGAAAAUCCUGCAGUUACAGGACAGUCAGGCAGAGGCCUGUUGGGAGUCUGCUCUCCGCUACUGUCGUCGCCAAGAUGUGUGCCAUUUAACUCAUGACAGUCGGGUGCGGGUUCUAGAAAGGGGUGGGGAGAUUAUACCAGCGGGGUCACUUAAGUUUAUUAAGGUAACCUGCCCAAAAGUUCCACAUAUGCCACCUGCCACAAUGUUGUUGGAACCUGGAGGCUCAGAUCUCGCCCCAGUUAAUGUAGGAGCCACUGGUGCUACAGUCCACUCAAAGCAGGUGUUGGGGAUGUUUCACUCAGUAGUUGACAUUCCGGCAGAGCAGCUGAGGUUUGAGGGGGAGAAUGGAGAGGUUGCCCUAGUUAAUAUACAUACUGCUGGUGAGCCACCUGCCUCCAUCUCAGAAGCCCUUGCAGCUUUACACUGGUCAGAGCUUUCACUUGAAGAGGAGAGUCAAGUAAAACAGCUGUUAGAGAAGUAUAGUGAUGUCUUUGCUAAAUAUGAUGGAGAUCUGGGUUGCACUGAUGAAAUUGUACAUGAGAUACCUCUUUUAGAUGAUGCAUCCAUCAGACAAAGAUAUAGGCGACUACCCCCUACACAGUGGCAGGCUGUGAAAGACCAUAUUAAACAGCUUAUGGAUAGUAAAGUGAUUAGGGAAAGUAGCAGCCCUUACGCGUCACCCAUUGUCCUGGUGCAAAAGAAAACUGGAGAGCUUCGGAUGUGUGUUGAUUACCGCCAACUUAACGCCAAGACAAGAAAGGAUGCCUACCCAUUACCUCGUAUUGAGGAGUCUUUGGACGCCUUGUCAGGUGCCCAGUGGUUCUCAACCCUGGACUUGGCUAGUGGCUAUAAUCAAGUUGCUGUCGCUGAGAGAGACAAGCCAAAAACUGCAUUCUGUACCCCCUUUGGCCUUUUUGAAUUUGAAAGGAUGCCAUUUGGACUAUGUAAUGCUCCCAGAACUUUUCAGAGGCUCAUGGAGCAUAUAUUUGGUGACCAGAGCUUUCACUCAGUUCUUUUAUAUUUGGAUGAUGUCAUAAUUUUUUCUUCUUCUGUGGUCCAGCACUUGCAGAGACUGGAGAUGGUCCUUAGUCAACUCCAACAGAAAGGGCUCAAGGCAAAGCUGAGUAAGUGCCACUUUUUCAGGAGGGAGGUGCAGUACUUGGGACAUCGUGUGUCCAAAGAAGGUGUGGCCACUGACCCAGAAAAGAUAUCUGCUGUGAGUAACUGGAGGAGGCCCUGUGAUGUGACUGAAGUCCGAUCAUUUCUAGGAUUUUGCAGCUAUUAUCGUCGCUUCGUCAAGGGGUUUGCCCAGUUAGCGGCUCCACUUCACCAACUAGUGGCGGAUGUGAUUAAAGCUGCAAAGAUGAGUAGGACCAGGCCAGCUGCAGUCCUACCCAGUAUGUGGACUGAAAGAUGUGAGAGAAGUUUCACUGAGUUGAAGAGGAUGUUUACAAGUGUUCCCAUUUUAGCAUUUGCCGAUUUCACCAAGCCUUUUGUCUUGGAGAUAGAUGCUAGUCACCAAGGUUUAGGUGCAGUCCUGUCCCAGGAGAAGGAUGGGAAAUUGAGACCCGUGUCAUAUGCUAGUCGCUCAUUGCGUGGUUCAGAGCGUAACAUGGAGAAUUACAGCUCCAUGAAGCUGGAGUUCUUAGCAUUAAAAUGGGCAGUCUCAGAAAAAUUCAGAGAGUAUUUACUGGGCAGCAAAUGUGCGGUCUAUACUGACAAUAACCCUUUGAGUCAUUUUCAGACCCUGAAGCUGGGGGCUACUGAACAAGGGAGAAACUUCGAGAGUGCACUAAUCGCACAGUUGUGUCAGCUAUAUGGAACUGAAAAGUCUAGAACAACAGCAUACCAUCCCCAAGGGAAUGGACAAUGCGAAAGAUUUAACAGGACCCUUCAUGACCUCCUCCGAUCACUCACUAGAAAAAAAAGGGUGUGGCCAAAGUACAUCUCCCAGUUGGUGUGGGCAUAUAACAGUUCUACCCACCGCUCCACUGGUCAUUCCCCUUACUCGUUGAUGUUUGGCGUGACACCUCAACUCCCUGUGGAUUUCCUAUUGGGGGCUACUGACACAGAGGAAACAAGCUCUUGGGAUGAAUGGGUCUUACAGCAUCAGGAACGAUUUCAGGUAACUCGUGAACUGGCCCGUAAGAACAUGGAGGAGGCAGCAGAUUACCGGCAGUGAAACCAUAACCAACAGGUGUGUGAUAAGGGUUUUACAGAGGGUCAAAUGGUCUACUUAAAAGAUCACCGUUGCCAAGGUCGCCAUAAGAUCCAGGAUGUCUGGUCACCAGUACUGUACAAAGUUGUCAGGGCACUGACUGACCCUGGUGGACCUUACACCGUAACAAUGGUUGAUGGAACUGGUAAUGCCCGGCAAGUCCACAGAACAGAGAUUAGAGCAUCACAGUUAGAGACUAUACCAUCAGUACCAAAGGUCCCUCAGCCAUGCAUACAAUCUACUUGCCCAGAAAGAAAUUUGAAUUGCAGUGAUGAGGAUAUCCUUACCUGGAUAGAAGAAGUAAGACCUAUUCCAACCGUUGUUGUCACUACAGAUCUGCCACGAACGGCUCCCAAUGAAGUGUCAGAAGUACCGGUAGGAGAGGAUGAGGGUUGGGACGAGGGUGAUGGUGAAGAUGAUGACGAGGUGGAGAACUCCCAACUUCAAGGCAGGUCGCCAGGUUUUCGACGCACCAGACGGGCAACAGCUGGGAAACACCAGAAUCCUCAUAAUUUGCCAAGGUCCACAGUAUCCAGUGUCAAUUUGGGGAUGGUAGGGGCUGCUGCAUUCCUUGGGGUUGAUGUUUGA